GGUGUGGUCGAUGCUUCUGUUUCCGGCAACCGGCGUCCAUUUUCAUUGUUAGCUUAUAGAAGACUGGCGCGUUUCGUGUUAAUGAACGGAUUAUUUAACAAUAAGUGGAAUUUUUAGAUAUACUAAUAAAUGGAGGGUGCGCCAGCUAGCAGAGGUGGCUUUCGUGGUCGCGGAGGUCCAGGUGGUCCAAUGAGAGGACGCGGUUUUGGAGAUAGGGGAAGAGGUGGACCCCCGAGAGGUGGUGGUGGAGGUGGUGGAGGAGGAGGUAUGAUGCGUGGUGGCCGUGGUAGUGGACUUGGAGGUGGUAUGAGAGGUGGACCACCUGGAAUGAGAGGUAGAGGUGGUCCUCCUGGCAGAGGUGGCCGUGGUGGUCAUUUCCCCCCAGGAGGUCCACCAGAACCAGGUAUGUCCAGUGGACCUGGUGGAGGUGGCCCCCCACCAGGAAUGGGAGGCCCACCACGCAGUGGAAGCAGAGGAGGUGGUAGCAGUGGUUUCCGUGGUCGAGGAAGAGGUGAUUUUGGCAGAGGAGAUAAUCGCGGAGGUAGUAGUAGUUUCCGUGGCCGAGGAGGUAUGGAUAGAGGCAGUCGAGGUGGAUCUAGGGGUGGAUCUGGUCGAGGUGGUCUGGGCGGCAGAGGUUUUGGUGAUCGCGGAAGUAGAGGAGGCGGACGCGGCGGUGGUCCGACAAAACGAGGAGGUGGACCGCCAGGCUCAAGCGGACCUUCUAAAAGACCAAGAUUCGAUCAACCAUCUUCACAACCUGCAAAUGGCUAUGCAACUCAACCACCAAGGUAUCAAGGAUAUGGAGGAGGUGCUAGCAGUACUUAUGGUGGAGGACAGCAGCAGCCACAACAACAGCAACCAGUGGGAUAUGGUGGAGGUUAUGGAUCACAGAAUUAUACCCAAUCAUCUUAUCAAGGAUAUGAGAGUUACCAACAGCCUCCAGAUUAUGGUCAAACAGCUGGUUAUCCACCAUCAGCAACUGCUGAUAGUAGGUAUGGUGGAGCACCUGCUGUUCCAGCCACAGGAGCUUUCAGUACUGGAGAUCCCUACAGUUAUGGCAAAGCACCACCAUCAGCCAAUUACCAGCAGGAGGCAGUGGCAGCAAGGGGCGGGGGUAUAGGUUAUGCCCCUGCUAAUCCCUAUGAUGACCAAUCUUCUAAUGCUACUUCUAUGACCAACAGGGGUUGUUACUCGACGCAACUUUAUGAUUAUUCGACUCAAGAUGGUGUAUAUGGAAAACAGGAUUAUGGUGGCAGUGCUGGUUACCAAAACGCCCAGUCUCAGCGACGUUAUUAAAUGACAUAAUCAACUAUUUAAUUUUAUAUACUAGAUGUACAAUUUUUCAAAUUUAUAGAAUCAUUCCUAGCGCGUGAAAAAGUUGGACAAAAGAUUUUUUUGUCUUAAACACUAAGUGUUUUGUAAUUACUUAUUAUAUUGGUCAAUUCUUAGAACAAGAAAAAGAAAAUGAAAUUACAGGAAAUGAAAUGAUGCAUUUUAACGAAAAUUUGAUGAUUUCCUAUCUUUGUCGCGCGCAUGGGAAAAAGCUUUUCAUUAAUUUGCGCGAAAAGCGCAAACGAUUGUUUAAUUACGAUAAAAGUAUAAAUGACAUGAGCGUUUUAUACUUGACUAGCUGUAUAGUGUCUAAUUUGUCAUGUUUAGCUAACAACUUCGUUUUAGAUUAAGCUUAGUUGGUGUACAGUCAUUUUGAGCUAAUCUGCGAACUGUGAAAUAAUAUUAAAUCAUAUUGUCUUAAUUGUAAUGCUAAGGACAAUGAUAUUUACAUUAUUUGAAAAGUCAUAAAAUAGAUAAUAGCUGUGAAAAUGCAGCUUAAUAUCAUUAAAAACAAAUUAUUAUAGAUGUAGAGAAAAGUUGGUGUUUCACAUUCUGUAUAAAAAAACAUAAAAAAAGGUAAUUGUAUUUUAUGGUGUAUUCUUUCUACGGAUCGAAGGAUCCUGAAUUGUAUCAGAAUAUACUGCCCUUUUUAUGCGUUAAUAGUGUGAUUUCAAUUUUGUGACAAUAUUUCUACAAAAUAACGAUUUUAUAAUGCAUCAGUUUUACUCCUGUGACAUUUAAUUUAAUAUGUAUAAUAUAAACUCUAAACAAUGCGAAGUACUCUGCUUAGAAGUGACCAAGAUUAGUCGUAUGUCAAGUCGAAGAAUUUACUUCAAAAGUGAUUUUAAACUUAAUACAUUUUAAAGUGUCACACUAGCAGAGACAAUCAAAACAAUAUCAGCGAUACAAAGGAAUAUUUAUAGUACACUGAGAAACAAUGUAAUUACUCAGGAAGUAACAUGCAUGAGUAGGUACAAAAAUUUGAUCCCAAUGAUUGUGCACAUUAGAGUACAGAAUCAUUACAUAGGGGUAGGUAAUGUGAUUUUAUGUUCUGUCAACACUAUAUUAAUUAUGAAAUUAUCUACACCGUAUUAAAGUCAUUUUCGUAUGUCAUCAACAUAGUGAUAGCGAAUCAGAUUAAUAUUGUAAGUGAUAGAGUAACGAGUGAAAUGAAAACAAAUCAUGAAACAAAGAAAUAUGAAAAAAAAAGUAAUAUUUUUUACAUUUAUUACUUCCUUACCUUCAACAAUGAAACAUGAAUUGAGCAUACAAAAAUUUAUAAAUGAAAAAAAGAAACCAGCAACUGCCGUAGAAAUUCGAAUACGUACAAAAAUGACCCUUCUAGUAAAAAUGUAUGAUCUAUUUAUACAAAUAACGUAGGUAUGAAAAGUUUUGUUAAAACUGAUACUUGAUCUUUUAAUGCACAAAUUUUUUUGUAAUUUUCUCAACAAAAUACAACCAAACAGUAUUUUUAUUUGUUGUACGUAUGCAUAUAAUUUGUCCAGACAAUACUUUACAUUCAAAAUGAAAUUAGUAUUAUUGUUCUAAAAUAUUUUUACCGAACAUUGGUGGACAGUUUUAGAUAUAUAAAAAAUUUGACGCAAACUAAGUUUAUUUCACAGGCGUAACAACAACCUGAGAUACUUAGGGAACACAAUGAAUGAAAGAGAGAAUACCUUCCCUCCAUUACCAGCAAGGAUAACAUACAAUGUUAUAUGAAUAAAUGACGACUGUAUGAUAAAGUUAUUAUUGUCCAAUGGCACAGGUAUCAAUACACCUAAAUGAAAUUUAGAAAAUAUUGUUUCUUCUGUUAAAAUAUAGUAUUUUCAUUGAUUAGUAUCUUUCUUUGAUUUUUCUGAACAAUUGAUCUGUACAAAAUAAUAUUUCAUCUUUUUUAUGGUGCACCCAUUUUUUUCAUUCAAACUAUUAUAUUAAAAAUUUUGUUUGAUGUAAAUAGUACACAUCAGACAAUUUAUUGUUUUCCAAGUUACCAUGUACAAAACAAACUUAGUACGUACCAUGUAUAUAUGUACAGAGAAACAAAAAGAAUCUUUAACGAAAUGAAAUAUACGAACAGUAUUAAAGAGUCAUGGAAAAGCAAGCAACAAGAAUAACGAAUUAAAUCUAUGCUAACAUGUAUUACGCUCAUAUAUAUAGUAAAAGACAAAUGCUCGAGUAAACCUCAACCAAAAUUCAGGUGAGUAAAUACAAAUCUAUCCGUUUUUUAUACAAAAAAAAAACUACCAAUUAAUUGAAAACACAAAUGUUAGCAAGGAUAAUAUUAAAUAGAUCUGCAUCUAUCGAGUGUAAAGUGGAAUGAUAACAAAAAAUGUGUAGGGUGGUUUCAUUACCUAAUAACAUGCAUCAUUUUUCAUAGUAUCAUAGGGAUUUAAAUAGUAAUAUAAUUUUCAUAAUUAAAUAUCCUUGAGAAUAGAAAAGCAAUGAAUAACAUACAGGUACAGGACAUACGGUGUGUGUUCGCUGAAUAUCUUUUCACAAAUUUUAAACCGCUUUAUACAUGCGAUACCUGCAGUAUUGUAUGUCAUAACAAUAUUAAUGAGAUAACAGUAAGAAAUACGAAUAGAAAUUUGAUCAAAAACAAUAUUCCAUAAGAAAAACAAAUAAUAACUUAUCGUGAUCGUAAAUACAAAACAUGAUGAAAAGCAGGGAAGGAAUGUACCAAAUAUUUAUGAAAAAAAAAA